UAGUUCUGGAUUAAGUCAUUCUGGAUUCAGCUUUUGUUGAAUACAAUCGUACAAACAUGUCUACCUUCGCUUUCUUCAUUCUCUGCGCCCAGGCUUGUCUCAUCAGCUCGGUGUACAGCCAAUACCUUGGUUGCGGUCCCGCGCUCGCCCCUGCCAUGGCUAUGGGAGUGCCUGCAAUGCCCCUUGCUGCGCCCAUGUACGAGCCUAUGAUCCGCGGCGGAUGCGGCGCUGCUUACGGAGGCUCUGGCAUCGGCAACCUGGCUGUCGCCGGUGAGUUGCCCGUGGCUGGUACCACCGCCGUCGCCGGACAGGUGCCCAUCAUCGGCGCCGUGGAGUUCGGUGGACCCGCUGCCGCCGCUGGUGCCGUCACCAUCGCUGGCAGCUGCGGCUGCGGAUGCGGUGCUCCUUACAUGUACUAAAUCACAAUUUUGUAUCAAUUAAUAAAUUUUGCAGUAUAAAAA